GCGACAUUCCUCUUUCGUGCUGCCGCUCUCGAUGCAUGCCUUCAUCAAGGUUCUGCACUCCCGAUUGGGCUUGUUCCCCUUCAUUCCCAUUUUCAUUGCGCGACGCAACUCACGGGUGUUCUGUAUUGUUGCGAGGCAGAUAUAUGCAUGAGCAUAUCCGUUUUCAAUUGUAAUACACACAGAUCAAAAGCAUCACAUUGCGUAAGAAUAAAGGCAGAAGACAUGGACAAUAAGAAAUCGAAAGGACAUGAAGGGUUGUGAUCGUCAACCUUUGGACGGCAAGAAAAAAGCUAAAUCUUUUACUUACAUCUAGCACACUUGAAGAAGCACCACGUAGAUCAGCUUGCACGGAUGCGGCAAGGAGAAGGAAGGCAAAGAGAAUCUUCGAGGAAAACAUAGUUUGUAUUUUGAGGAAUUGGAUAGGAUUAGAUUUGGUUUUCACUUUCUUCGAAACAGAAUUGUGAGCAAACCGAUUGAUGAAAUCAAUCGGUGCCCUACAAUCGGAAAGAGUGUGCGCUCGUUCCAUCAUCACUCUGGAGGUUCGUGUUCUCAGGUAUUUAAUACACUUGCUGGCUUCCAACGGAAACAAAAUCAGCACGUGGUGGGCGUGGAAGUGUCCUGUACUUCUAGUGCGUACAAGAAGCACCAAGUCUUAGAAGACGUCGAAGUAGCUUCUUUGCAGUAUUGAUUGCCGUAUGAUGAUUGUUCCGUUGAAUUUUUUUUAAUUUGUAGUAUUUUUUUACUUCUGGAAUACAGUAUCUUCAGGAGUCUCAUUUUUUUAAUCUUGUAAAGAAGCCUACUAGUAAAGGUACAUGUAACAGUUCCAUUGCUGUUCGAACUUCUACGACUAGCUACGAUACAGUAAAUAAAUAACUACAGUACGUAAAGGUAAUACAGUAAAAAUAUCAAAAACAAGAAAAUAAUAAGUAAUACUGUAAUACUUGUAACAAAAAUAAUCCUACUAGUACCUACGGCACAAAACUAAAAAUUUCAAUUGAAUCUUUCGAUCGUUCCAAAUCCGAUGAAACAGAAAACAGCGGAUUUGGCACGAUCGAAGCAAUGAGACGCCCAACAUCAAAUAGAUAGGGCAUAGUUGGCGAACGAAGGCAGAGUAAAGGACGCCGGUAAUAGAGAGACCGUUGGAGAUGGCUGCGAAUCGUUCCAAAUCUGACGAAAGAGAAAACAGCGGAUUUGGCACGAUCGAAGCAAUGAGCUCGCCCAUCAAGGAGUAAACAAGGCAUAAUUGAUUCCAAUCUGAAAUGCUGGCAAUAGAGCGACCGUUGGAGGCGAGAUCCGACGAAACAGAAAACAACAGAUUUGGCACGAUCGAACCAAUGAGUUCGCCCAUCACCAAAUGGACAGGGGAUAUUGGAUUCAAAUCUGAAAUAGUCCUAAAAUAAAGGCAGAGUAAUGGGAAUUUUGCAACAGAGUGACCGUAGGAGACGGCUGUGACAAGGACAUCGGCAUCUGCCCAUACUACUCUGCUGCCCAGUGAGUUCGACAACUGAAGGCAACCCGGUCCUGAGGAUGGACAAUGUGGGCAGUUGCUUCAUCAGUCAGACCCGUCGCUCUUGUAGACUGUGCUAUCUUUGGCGACAUCGCAGUCUCGAGCUAAAGCUCUCGACUGCGCUUACUAUAAUUGUCACACUAUAGUACUACUUCAACAUGAGCUCCCCCGAUACAAAUUCUGAGUACACUCGCUGUACGAGCAACGCCACAGAUAUGACAUAUUGCAACACUCGCUCUUUUUUAAUCCAGCAAGACAGCUUGCAACGAAAUCUAAUUCGCAACUACAGCGAUUUGUGUCUCGAUCCCAAUCAAGGACAUUGCUUGUAACUAGGAAACUGGAGCAAGACGGCAGAGUUCUCCCCCAUUCGGAGCUGCUACUACUGGUUGAAGAAAGGUUACUCAAAUUUUACAUCUCUAGCAUCAGAGCACUCUUACAAUUGAUCGCUAUUAAAGUUCUGACUUUUUGUCAUUUCCGUGUACACGGGUCAUUAGCUUUCUCGUUCCUGUUCAUCACGUGCUGAACGCAUCUAUCUCUUUGAACUAUUGAAUCACUUACGAAUCAACACCGCCUCACUGGCCACAAUGAUGCCUUCAUCAGAAUCUUGUGCCUGCACCGCCUCAGUGGCCAUAAUCACUCUUGGUGGAGCCGCACCAACAUUGGUUGGGGGGUGAAUGAUCGUGUGAUCCAAAAUGAAGUGAGCCAUCUUGUAAAUAUCUGUUUGCUUUGGCGAUAUAUUAACAGAGGAGAUUAGGAGAUUACAAACACGUGGUUUGUCCGUUUGGGUGCAUCUUGCACUAGUGGUGUAUAGGGAGAUACUAGCCUUGGGGUCGAAACGAGCAGCUGUCUCGAAGAAAAAGCCAUGGAUCGACUUAUAGGGUACGCUGACGAAGUCCAUUCGUCCAGUGACAAUGAUUAGUCGGAGAUUUGUGUACAGAAAAAAUUUUGUGCCCUGUUCCAAAGCCUUAAGAACAGUUUCUUCUUCCAAAAGCAACGGAUACACGUGGUGAAAUUGGACGUUCAAUUGUUCUGGGUUAAUUUCGAUUGCCAUCGGAAGAAAACGAUUGAGCCCAAAUGGAUUUUUCUCGUAUCCAAUGCAAGUUUUCGGUCUGAAGACUACUUUUGGAUCAGUAUGGCAUCCGACGAUGAAACUGCUCAAUAUCUCUUGAAGUUGCAAGACAUCAGCCGUCCCGGCGAGGAAUGAGAAUCCUAUAGAGGCAAGAUUCCAUCGAUUGCGAGUAUAAAUGCAAACAGAUGAUUUCAUCCCCACAGAUGCAGGUCCCAGAUAAACGCUGUAAUAACGAAUCGAGCGGUACGGCAGAGACGUGUACAGAAACCUCAUAUUCGAUAGACCAGAUACCAGAAUAGCCAUUACACGAAGAUUGGUGCACAGAAAUAUAUGUGACACUGACCUCAAAGCCAGAAAGAUCUUUUCUUCAUCUAGGAGGAUUUUUGACUUCGUAUGGAACUCUCUUUCCAAUUCGAUGGGAUCCAAGCCUCGUUGAGGAUCGCCAAGCCAUUGGAAAGUACGACCAUAGUCACGUUGUUCUUCUGUCAAGAUAGGCAUUGCAACAGGAGCGCCCAGCUUCAAAUCGUCAACCUCAAUAAUUCUUUUUGACAAGUAAUAUUUGAGCCUGAUUGCAUCAACACAAUUCUUGUCAAACUCCAAGCACCUGGUAGAAAAACCAUCGUUGUAAAUUAAUGUAAGAAACUGACAAGCACAGCAAAAGGUCAUUUUCCGUAGAAUAUCAAACACUUACAA